ACAUGAUCAGAAAAGAAGGAUCGAGAGGUCAGGAGUCAGGUAUAAAAGUGACGGACCGAGGAUCUCGGAUUAUUCUAUUCUCGACAAACACUCAAGCGUGCACACACACACACACACACACACACACACACACACACACUGCUGUCUUCCCGCUUGCUGCACAAACAGACCGGGAGAGGAGCAUUGCAGCAGGAUGAACACAGCGCCCCCUGCAGGAAGUGCUUUAUCAGCUCCAGCAGGCGGAGUCGGCCCAACUACGCCAAAAAAGGGCCCACCCAAAUUUAAACAGAGACAAACACGCACAUUUAAGAGCAAGGCGCCUAAACCCGGCCAGAAAGGAUUUGGUGAUGACAUCCCAGGAAUGGAGGGCCUCGGUACAGAUUUCACAGUUGUUUGCCCCUGGGAGGCCUUCGGUGACAUGGAGCUCAGCGACCUAGCCAAAUAUGGCAUCAUAUAAGCCUCGCCUCAUCACACCCAUCUUCUCUCUGCCUUGGUCUCCACCCCUCUCUUACAGACACCACUCCCGAUAAAAGAGACUAAUAUUGAUGUGUACACGGCCUCGCAAAAAAAAAGGUGAUGAGACCUCACAGG